AUGGACGACUCGAGGGUGGGAGUGCAGCGAAAAUCCGGCCUCGCGCUGCACGGCCGCAGCAUCAGCGCCAAGGAGUCGAGCCGCGUGCUUCAAGCCGGAGUCCACGCGUCCGAAACCCUCAACAAAAAUGUCGCCGUCUUCACUCACAACCACGCGUACAGCCACUACCCGCCAACGGACGAACCUAACCUAGCCUCGGUCGACUUCCGAGCCUGGCUCGCCGACCAGGUCAAGUUCAGCCGGAACCUCGUCAUCCCGCAAGUCCCGGAGAAGCCGAGCUUCCUCGAGACGUUCGCGCCGUUCCGGCUGUUAGGGCGCGUGGGGAGCAAGAAGGCGCAGUGCACGGUGGCUAUGCACGUACACGGGGUGGAUAAUUUCCCGAAAGACAUGGAGGGGAAGGAGCUCGUCGUGCAAUGGCUGCGCCGCGGCAUGUCCGUCGGCACGAGCCCCAUGGUGGUGCACCGCGGCGUCGCGCGCUUCGAGCAGACGCUCACGAUGUCCUGCACGAUGUUCUUCAACGCCGGAGCGCAGGGGACGGUGAAGUUUAAACGGAAAGCGUCGACGCUCUGCGUGCAGAUGCUCAAGACGUCCGGGAUUGGCUACGUCGCGGAGCUCGGGCGGCAUUCCGUGGAUCUAGCGAAGCUGCUCCCCGCGUCGCUGCGCGAGAACGAGGGGCAGCCCGUGACGCUGAGCUUUCAGCUCGCGGGAUUGGCGGAGGGGGCCGUCAUGGUAGCGACGUUCGGGUACGAGUUACAACUCGGCCGCGGCGUUAAUUUCCUCGCGCGAGUUGACACCAAGUCGUUCCGCCUGUACGCCGCGACGGCGAUCGCGGCGGCGGCGGCGGCGGUGUCGCCGUCCAGCAGUCCCCCGGGGAGCCCGCAGGCGAGUCCGCGCGGCGGAAGCGAGAAGGACGAAGCUUCGCCGAAGCAGAAGAAGAAGCUGUCGUUCUCCCUGUACCAAGCGCCGGCGGAUCGCUCCGCGGCGCCUCAGAGCGCGCGGAGCCAGGGGGACGCCCGCGGAACCCGCGCGGGCCCGCUGAUGCGCAUGAUGUCGGGCGGAAGCGCGAUGCGGACGGUGGUGGAGGAGGAGGAAGAGGAGGAGGAGAAGGAGAAGGUUGCGGCGAAGGAUAUGCGCUCGGACGGCAAGGGCGAGGCGAGCGGAGGGGGAGGCGGAGGGGGCACGGCGGAGAAGGAGGCGGAGGGGGAGGGGGAGGCGGUGGACUUGGCGGAUGUUUUGGCGGAAGGGGAGGGGCUUAACGACGAAGAGGAGGAGGAGGAAGAGGGAGAGGAAGACGAGGAAGAAGAAGAGAGUGAUGAUGAGGAGGAGGACGAUGAGGAUGACGAUGACGAGGAUGAAGACGAGGAUGAGGAGGACGAAGAGGAAGAGGAGGAGGAGGAGGGCGGCAGAGUGGAGGUGAAGAAGGUGAUGGGAGGUUAUGCGGUGCAGAGGGAUUCGGGGGAGGAGCGCACGGUGCGGGUGGACCCAGGCACGGCCACCACCAGCGUCGCCACCACCACCACCUCGACGACGACCACCACCAGUGGCCGCGACGCGUCGCUCGAUUCCGCGAGUUCGGCGGGCGAGGGCGGGCGGUCGCGCAUGGCGCAGGCGAUGCUGGAGUUCGAGUGGACGCUGCAGGCGGAGCGGAGCGCGGAGGUGGCGGAGCGGAAGGGGGAAGAGUCCGCGAAAGGGCUGACUGGCGGCGACGAUUACGGUUACUCGCCGGGGCGCGAGUGGGCGGACGGGGAUAUGAAAGUAGCGGGGCAUGCGGCGGGAAAUGCGGCGGGUUUGGAGGAGGAGAUGGAUCUGGUAUCCGACGAGUUUCUUGAGCUGCUCAUGCAGUCCGGCGCGCUCGACGGCGCGCCGGGGAGUCUCGACGGGUUUGGCGGCGGAGAGGACGGGGAAGGGGAGGACGGGGAGGAUGGGCGGGAGGGGGGGCUGCUGGGCGUGGCGGAAGGGCUGCUGAGCCCCGCGCGCCAGGCGUCGAGCCGCGUGGGCAGCAACAGUGUUGGCGCGAGUGAGCGCGAGUGGAUGGAGGGGAGCGGGGAGGUGUCUUCUCAUGAAGACGAGGACGAGGAGGAGGAGGAGGAGGAAGAGGAAGAAGAGGAAGAAGAGGAGGAAGAGGAAGAGGAGGAGGAGGAGGUGGGUGAAGGAAUGAUGGCGUGCAAUGGUGUAGGGCGGGAGGCAGGGCAGGGGGAGGAUGUGGGGGAAGGGGAAGGGGAGGGCGAGGACGACCUGUCGUGCAUGCUACGGGAGGCGGAGGAGGAGCAGCAGCGCGCGGAGAUCGAGGAGAAGAGCCGCCGCAAGGCGCGCCUGCUCGACUCGGAGGAGGAAGCCGCGCUCAUGCUGCGCUUCCGCGGCCACGCGCCCGCCGCCGCCGCCUCCGCUGCGGUUCCCUUAGCUGCGGCGCCUCCUGCCGCUCCUGUCACACCUGCUUCGGAACCCGCCGCUGCUGCUGCUGUUGCGGGUGUGCAGUCCGCAGCGCUGGUGGUGGCGGGGAGGGGCAGGGGCGCACCCCCUGCUGCCGCCGCCGUUACCGCUUCCGCGGCUCUCGCGGCCCCUGCGCGCAAGCGCUGGUCCACCGCAGGCCCGCUCGCCGCCGCUGGCAGCGGCGCGGGGAACGGCGCCGGGAGGGGCGCGGGGAGGGGCGCGGGCGCCAGCAGCGCGCUUGUGCUGAGAGCAGGCGGUCGGGGGGCGGCGGGCGCGGGGGCGGGCGGAGGCAGGGGGAGGGGACGGCUGACGGUGCAGGAGAGAGUGCAGCUUAUGGAGGAGGAGCGCGCGGCGGGGAAGGAAGGGCGCGGGGGGAAGGGGUGGGAGGGGGAGGAGGAGGCGGCGGAAGCGGAAGCGAGGAGAAGCGCGAGCGCGGAGGCCUCCUCGACGUCGACUGCGCUCGUGCCAGCUGGCAGGGGCGCGGCGCGGCAGCUGUCCACGUCAGCAGAGGUGGAGGAGGUGACAACUGGCAUCCCGCGGGCGCUCGUGCGGGGGACGGCGGGGCCUCUGGGCGGCAGCGGGAGAAGCGGCGGAACGAUUGAGAUUAAGAUGAGCGGGGAGAGCGGUAUUGGGCGCGGAAGCAGCGUCGGGGCGGGGGGUGGGGCGGGGCGAGGGGCGGGGCGGGGGGCGAGAGCUGCGCUGACCUCCCCCGCUGAUGCAGCAGCAGCGGCGGCAGCAGCAGAAGCAGAAGCUUGCAGAGCGAUGGUGCCUGUGGCGGGGCCUGGCGGGCUGGUGGCGGCGGGCGCAGCAGCAGGCGCGGGGAAGAAGGGCGGAAGCCGCGGACCCUCUGGCGGAGACGCGGAAGGCGCGGGGGCGAUGGUGCCCGUGGCGGGGCCUGGCGGGCUGGUAGCAGCAGGCGGGGGGAGAAGCAGCGAGAGAGGAGGCGCGCCAAGCGCGUUGACCCUGGCGGCGAUUCAGCAGGGCGCGCUGGCGCCAGGCGCGGGGUUCGGGGGGAUGCACAUGCCCUCGCUGGCAUCAUCUGGGCCCUUCACGACGGUGAAUACAGGCAGCAGCGGCGGCAUCAACAGCAUCAGCACGCGCAGCAGCGUGGGGGGUGUCACCGCCACCACCACCACCACAUUCUCCCCCUCCUUCCCCGCAUCCCCCUUCCCCGCUUCCCCCUACUCCCCCGGCUCCCCAUUCCCCCCCGGCGCCUUCCCCCUCCCCCCGCUGAAGAGUCUCAGCAGCGUGCUCGCGCCCACGUGCGCCGCGACCGGGCUGGCGUCCGCCAGCGCGGCGCUGUACGGGGGGGCGGGCGGGCUGGCGCAGCUCGGCGCGCUGAGGGGCGCGGACCCCAUGGUGCUGGCGGUUCCGCCCUCCAUGGCGCCCCCGGAGCUGGUGCAAGGCAUGGGGUCCGCGAUCGCGCUGCCUGGAGGAGGAUUCCUGACGUCCAUGUCGGGGAGACAUUUUACUGAAGGGGCGAGCCGGCUCGUGAUGCAGUUCUCCCGUGCAGUCGUGGUACCCAAGGAGAUGGGAAUAGAAGGCAGUGACAUCAUACAGAGCAUGGCGGCGCUGGGAAUCGACGCGCUUUCCCAGCAGGCCCACAUGCUCAUGCCCUUGCCGGACGUCAGUGGGAAGGCGUUAGAGCAGAUGGCGGCAGAAGGGUUGCUGUUCCUGGAUGGGGCGGGUGGUGGAGGGUAUGAAGAACACCUGAGGAGACUCGGCGCGCCUCAGAGUGGGAAGGCACUCGAGCAGAUGGCGGCGGAGGGGUUGCUGUUCCUGGAUGGGCCGGGUGGUGGAGGGUACGAGGAGCAUCUGAGGAGACUCGGCGCGCCGCAGAGUCCUGGAUUUCCGUUCAACCCUUUCCUUCCUUUUCCCUGCUCCUUCACCCCUGGUCCUUUUCCCUGUUACAGGAGGGCCCUUGGCGCAGCAGCAGCAGCAGCAUUAGGGGGAGGAGAAGGCUAUCUGGCCCUGGAAGGGCGUGCAGGAGGAAAUUACUUGGCUUUGGAAGGAGCAGCAGCAGGGAUGCAAGGCGGGCAGCUUGUGCAUGUAGGUGCGGGACAGCUGGCAACAGUGGGAGGAGGCUCGGCAGGAGAAUUGGCAUUAGGUAUGGGCGGCAGCUUGACGCCCGAAGCUAUGGCGGCGGUGGCUCGGCAAUCCGCCUUGGCUGGCACUCUGGUUCGGCUGCGGCGCCGAGGCAGGAUGAUAGCCGUGGCAAAGCAGAGGAUUGUGCAGAAGCAGCUGCUGCUGGAGCAGGGCGGAGGGGGAGGGGAGGGGGAAGCAGGGGAGGGCGCAACUGGGGGAGGCGGAGCCAAGGAGGGGCGGCUGGCGCUGCUAAGGCGGACGGCUGGGGAGUUGGCUGGUGUUGGUGGGGAGGGAGGGAAGGGAGGGAACGGAGGGAACGGAGGGAACGGGGGGAACGGAGCGAACGGAGACAGAAGGUUGCUUGCAGGGGGGUUGUUUAUAGAGGAGGAUAUGGAUGAGGAGCUGAAGAGGGAGCUAAUGCUGAUGGAGGAGGAGGGGUGGGAGGAUGGCGAGGAGGAAUAUGUGCCGUUGGAUGAGCUGGGCGCGCUGGCCAUGGAGCAGAUCGAACGGAUGGCGUUGGAGGGGCUGAGAGUGCAGAACGACGCUUCUGAUUUGCUGGCGCCGUAUGCGAUUGAUUUGGGGAAGGAGGGUGGGGACGGGGGUGCGUUGGGGAUGGGUGGGUAUGGCGCGUUGGGGAUGGGAGGGGGGGCGGGGAGGGGAGGGAUGGGGGAGUUGAUGUAUGGCGGGGGGGGAGCAGGGAUGUUGACAAAUGGGGGGUAUGGAGGGGCGGAGAUGGGUGCAGGGGGGGAUGAGUGGGCAAUGGUGGCGGCAGGGGGGGGAACCAUGGGGCUGGCAGUAUCAUUAGAUGAGUGGCAGCGGCUGGACGCUGGGAUUUUCGAGGACUUUGAGACAGAGGAUGACACCUUGGCAGUGCUGCAGGCGCACUGUGCGGCGCAUGGUGCAGGCGAGAUGGUUCUGCAUGAUAUUGCGCGGUUGAGGACGGAUCUUGCGGCUGUGAGAGGAGGGGUGGGUGGAGGGAUGGGUGGUGGGAUGGGUGGAGGGAUGGGACGGGGGCUGGCGGUGUGGGGCGGUGCUGGAGGGAUGGGGAUGAUGGGGGGUGCGGGGAUGGGGAUGAUGGGUAUGGGAGGGAUGGGGGGGAUGGUGGGUGGGGGUGGAGGGGGAGAAGGGGGGCUGAUGGGGGAUAAGGUGACAGUGGCGAUGCUGGUGCAGCUGAGGGACCCUCUCAGGAACUUUGAGCCUGUGGGUGCGCCCAUGAUGGCUCUGAUGCAGGCGGAACGAGCCCCCCCUGCUGCUGAUGGUGAUGAUGAGAAGAACAGUGGCAAUGGUGCCGCAGCGCUGGAGGGAGGUGCAAAGGCGUUGCCGGAAGGUGGAGGUGUGAGGAGGAUCGCGUAUAAUCUGCACACGGGCACGGCUGUGCGGCCCUCCGGUGGGCCGCUGACGGUGCGGAACGGAGCGAGCAAUCGGCGGAGGGAUGGGGAUCCGAUUGUGGAGGAGGUGGAUGAUGAGGAGCAGCCCGGGGGGAAAGGCGGCGUGGAGAAAGCGCGGUUUAAGCUGACAGGCGUACACAUGAUGGGGCUGAAAACCGAAGAGGCGGCAAAGAGGGGAUGGGGGAAUCAGAAGCAGGGGCAGGCUGGGUCGAGGUGGCUGUCGGCCAAUGGCAUGGCGAAGAAGGGAGCAGUUAAGCCGAAGAGGUCUACGGGGCCUGUCAAGCCUGCCAAGGUGACUGUACAGUCAGGUGACACUCUGUGGAGCUUGUCACAGAAGGUGCAUGGCAGCGGCACUAAGUGGAAGGAUGUGGUGAAGCUGAACCCGCACAUUCGAAAUCCUGACCUCAUUCUUCCGAACCAGCAUGUUCGGAUGCGCUGA